GCAGUGCGACCGGGGCACGCAACCGACUAGACGGUACGCACCCCCCUGUCUCGCGCCGUCCCUUGCUCCUCAUCCUUUUUUCCCUUUCUGAUCUGCCACGCUCGGGACUUGGCCCGCCUCGAUACCCAGACCGCUGGGUUCUUCAAGGGGGGAGGGGAGUAGUGAGGCGUCUGGUUAGCGAAAGCCUUUUCUCCCCCCCUUGUAGGCUGGGUCGCGGUCUUACUGUUGCGGCUCAAAAUUCUCCAUGGCGGCUUGUGUGCUACUAGAGACUUUGAGCCGCACUACCGUUCGAGGGUUACCCCUCAUUAUCUCAGGUGAAUGCGAGGUAUAUUAAAAGGGGUACUGAAACCAGGUCUACCUGUGGUAUUUUGAUGUUGUGUUUCAACCACAAUCCUAUGUUAUACAUCGUUUAUCAUAUCACACGUGGGGAUGGCCGAGUUCGAUGACAUCGAGUACGAGGGUAUUGGAGAAGAUAGGCCUAUUGUUGUGGAAAGUGAUCGAUGCUUUCGGGACCAUUCCCCUGGUGAUACCGUCAUAAGCCUGAGCGACGAUGGGCAAGCGCUGUAUUCGUGUGCUAUUCCCUCCUUUUCAGAUACACCGCAAACCUUCCCAGAACCAAACUCAAAUCUCCAACAGCCGCAAUCUCAAAGAUCCUAUGAAGCCGUUGUGGAGACCGAGGUACCCAGCAUCUUAUGUCCCUUGAGCCAUGAUGCUCUUAUUGCAAUGCAGAAACAUGCCCCUCCAGGUCUACAAGAUGAACUAUCACCUCUCAUAAGAUACCGGUGCGACCCGCAAGCCCACGAGCAAAGAGCUCUAGGAAUCGAACGGAACGAUUCCUCGCUCCACAUCGGCCGGGAACCCGCGCCUCGUACCUCACCGAAAGCCAACGGCAAUCUACAGCUAUCAGAGAUAUCCUCCCUCCACCUCAGCUCAAGCCCGAACCCAACCCCAUCAACGGGCCGCGGAAGCUCGUCAGCGGCCGAGCAGCUCCGAGAGCUAGUCGGCAUGAUCGGGUCUCCGGAUUGGGAAGACAGCCUGUCCCCGGAAGAGCAGGCGGAGCACCUGCGCAGAGCCACGAGGUUAAAGCGACGGGUCCGGUCCGAGACGAAUUCGAGGGAGUUGAGACCGCCUAAGGUUCGCAAGAGGAAUUGUGUAGGUUCUCAUGAUGACAAAGACUAUCGACAGUCGUCUUGAGUGUUGGCCUCGGGUUGUGGGUAACCCUGGGGUGGUUAUAAUAGGUCAUCAUUACGAUGUUUCGCAAUAAGUGAUCGAGUAUAACCUCUCCUCUACUUAAGGGAAAGGCACGGAUUGGAGAAACGUGAUAGGAUGUUGAGUACCUAUUUCAGAGCAAACCAUGUG